AUGUGGACGAAGCCCGGUACAAAGCUGCAAACGGAGAUUACCGAUAUAACCGUCGUUAAGCUUGAGGUUCUGGAUGAGGACGAUCACGAGUUCGAUGCCUCGGGAGUCCUCAUAGGACUCGACCUAGUUCUCACCGCGGCACAUAACGUUCGAGAUCGUGGUGGAGACAACAAUGUCUCUCGAGCAGUAUCUAUCAAGGCGUACAUUGGAUACCACCGUCAAGGCUCCUCAUUCGAAGGAAGUGGUGUUCAACAGCGUUUCGGAAGAAUCGCCAUAGUGCUUCAAGAAUGGAAACGCUCUGAAUUCGCUUCGCAAAACGACAUGGCCCUAAUCAAGCUCGAAAACAAGUUCACGCAGGUCACGCCAGCUGUAUACCAGGCGCCAUCAUUACCGGUAGAGACAAGAGUGCUCGUCGUAGGCUAUCCUGGCGAAAACAAAAAGCAAGUCCGCGGUUCAUGUCCACGUUGUCAGACAGCUGGAUGCAUGUACGAAGUGGCGGGCGAGGCUAAGCAGGCGACCGAAAAGCUUUUAGAGUAUAAGCUAUCGACCGUAAGCGGCAACUCUGGAGGUCCCAUCUUUCUCGACAAGAUGCCGAGAACAGUCAUAGCUACCCAUACCGGCGCCGUCCUCGAUCGAGUAGGAAUCAAUCACGCCACUUCAGUGGACGUCGACUUCAUCGAAGCAACCAAGACUUUCCUGAGCAUACCACAUUCAUGUUCUCAUCGCCAAGUCUGGAUGAGCCGGCAAGGUGGUAGUCGCUCCUGGAGUAUCUCUUUGUCAAUAGAGGUCAUACCCGGUAUCACAAUCCCCAUGCCUUCCAGAUCCAGAAACCAGGCAUAG